CUGUUCUGUGUUGUCAGGCAAAAAAUGAGACAGUGAGGGAACAGCGAUCUGCAAUAGAUAAACACAGGGACAGAUAGGCGCGCGACCACAGAGCGGUGUGAUAGAAGCAGAGCUGGGAGGCCGUGGAAAUAAGAUACAUCUUUGCACCUUGAUUCUCAAAGCCUGUCAUUAUUUCUGUUUUGUGAGACUGGAAAAAAAACAAAGCCAGGUGUGCCUUUAAACGGAGGAAAAAGGGAGGAAGCAGUCAACAGUGUCCCCCUCUCCAUCUCCUGAGAAGAAAAUGCAGAUUAGCAGGUGUCCACAGAGCAGCCACUGAGAAAGGGUCCCUCCUCGUCGUUUGGUUCAGAUUCCUAACCCUUCCUGACACUCACCCCAUCCCCACCACAACCCCUUAUCCCAGAAGAUCCAGUCCUGCUCACCCCACCACAGCUGGGAUGGAAGGGAGAAGCUGGGGCCUGUAUAAGAAGCACACAUGAACCUCUGAUCCAAUGGACCUCAAGAGCCAGUACUGGACUGAUGAGGAAUCUGAUGGGGACAAUGACUCCGAGGAGUUCCUGUAUGGGAUCCAGGGGAGUUGUGCUGCCGACCUGUAUCGCCACCCCCAGCUGGAUGCUGACAUCGAGGCCGUGAAGGACAUCUACACAGACACUGCUGUCUCUGUCAGAGAGUAUGGGACAAUCGACGAUGUGGACAUUGACCUGCAAAUCAACAUCAGUUUCCUGGAUGAGGAGGUGGCGACGGCCUGGAAGGUGAUUCGGACAGAACCCAUCAUCCUGCGUCUCCGCUUCUCCCUCUCUCAGUACCUGGAUGGACCCGAACCUUCAGUCGAAGUGUUCCAGCCGUCCAAUAAAGAUGGCUUCAGCCUGGGCCUGCAGCUGAAGAAAAUCCUCAGCAUGUUCACGUCGCAGCAGUGGAAGCACUUGAGCAAUGAGUUCCUGAAGGCGCAGCAGGAGAAGAGGCACAGCUGGUUUAAGGCCGGAGGCACCAUCAAGAAGUUCCGUGCUGGGUUGAGCAUCUUCUCCCCCAUACCCAAGUCUCCCAGUUUCCCCCUGAUCCAGGACUCGGUUCUGAAGGGGAAGCUGGCCAUGCCGGAGCUGCGUGUGACCCGGCUCAUGAACCGCUCCAUCUCCUGCACCAUAAAGAACCCCAAGGGGGAGCUCUUCAGCUACCCCCCAAACAGCCAGACCGUGGCUGUCCCGGCGGCCAGGCCCCCAGCGCAGAUUACCACGAAGCAGCUGAUUGAAUUGUUUUUCUCAUCCCAGGCGGGUGGCCACUGCAAGAACAUCCCUACCUUGGAGUACGGCUUCUUAGUGCAGAUAAUGAAAUACUCAGAGCAGAGAAUACCCACGCUGAAUGAGUACUGCGUGGUCUGUGACGAGCAGCAUGUCUUUCAGAAUGGCUCCAUGCUCAAGCCAGCAGUGUGCACCAGGGAGCUGUGUGUGUUUUCCUUCUACACGCUGGGUGUGAUGUCAGGAGCCGCAGAGGAGGUGGCGACUGGAGCGGAGGUAGUGGACCUGUUGGUGGCCAUGUGCAGGGCUGCCCUGGAGUCACCCCGCAAGAGCAUUAUCUUUGAACCCUACCCGUCAGUGGUUGACCCCAACGACCCCAAGACACUGGCCUUCAACCCUAAGAAGAAGAACUAUGAGAGACUGCAGAAGGCUUUGGACAGUGUAAUGUCCAUUCGGGAGAUGACGCAGGGAUCAUAUUUGGAGAUCAAGAAGCAGAUGGACAAGUUGGACCCUCUUGCCCAUCCUUUGCUGCAGUGGAUCAUAUCGAGCAACAGGUCCCAUAUUGUCAAGCUUCCCCUGAGCCGACAACUCAAGUUCAUGCACACGUCCCACCAGUUCCUCCUGCUCAGCAGCCCCCCAGCCAAGGAGGCCCGCUUCCGCACCGCCAAGAAGCUCUAUGGCAGCACCUUUGCCUUCCAUGGUUCCCAUAUAGAGAACUGGCACUCCAUUCUGAGAAAUGGACUAGUCAAUGCGUCUUAUACCAAACUGCAGCUGCAUGGGGCAGCGUACGGGAAAGGCAUCUAUCUAAGCCCCAUCUCCAGCAUUUCCUUUGGAUACUCAGGGAUGGGGAAAGGACAACAUCGCAUGCCCACCAAAGAUGAGCUGGUGCAACGGUACAACCGGAUGAACACCAUCCCUCAGAGUCGUCCAAUACAGUCCAGAUUUCUUCAGAGUCGUAAUUUAAACUGCAUUGCCCUCUGUGAAGUGAUAACAUCCAAGGACCUCCAGAAGCAUGGGAACAUUUGGGUUUGCCCUGUGUCUGACCAUGUCUGCACACGCUUCUUCUUUGUGUACGAAGACGGCCAGGUGGGAGAUGCCAACAUCAACACCCAGGAGCCCAAGAUCCAGAAGGAGAUCAUGCGUGUGAUUGGGACUCAGAUUUACUCCAGCUGAGCAAUGGCAGGGCCACUGUACGGCCAGCAGGGGGCAGCAGAUGGCCCUGUGAGGCUGAAGCCGCAAGGCUGUUCUUCGGAAACAGCCGUAUCUUUGAAUGUUUGUCGAAGAGAGCCAGUGGAUCUUUUUUUUUUCAUAUCCUUGCAAUCUCAUUCCCUUUUUUUCUCAUUCUGUCCUUUGAUCCAUUUCUCUGACAAUCUGCAGUAGAAUGUUUAUUAUUUGCUCUCUUUUAGUCAGACAAGUUGGAUGGAUAGUUUUGAGGAGCUCCCUCACUGAGAAAAGAGGACAAAGCAAAACAUGGCGGAGCUGUCCCCAUCGACUAGAAAAUGUGACUAUGACGAGAGGGCUUUGAAAACCAUUCGGGCCCCUCCCACAACCCACCUGACUGACGGCGAGAAGGAGACACGGCCUGAGAGAUACUUUGCAACAAGCUGCAGCUUUAGUUUCCUGAACAUACAGUAGCCCUCUCACGCAUUCAGCUGACCCCACGAUGGCCUUCAUGUCGCUGCUCCUCUCUCAUGCCCUUUCAGGGUUCUGGCUGCCUCGCCAGCCAUGAUGUCAUCUUAUUUUGAGGAAAGAAAUUCUCUUUUAUAAUUAUUCCCAUGGUUGAUUUGAAAAAUGGAAGUCAUUCAACAUGCGUGCGCCAUCCUCUCUUUAGUGAACUGUGAAUAAUCAGCAAACAUGCUUUCAAAAUUGCAUCUAUUAUGCCUGAAAAAAAAAACAUUACUUUUUUCAAUUAUUAUUGUUUGUUUAAUAUUCUGUGAGUAAUUUGACAUAAAUUAAGGGCACAGAUGCAAUCAGCUGUGUCAUAGCUCCAGAGCCACAAUUCAUUUGAAUUGAAACUGAUUUUUUUUUGUGCUUGAACAACCAGGGAACUGCUUGAGCUCAAAUCCAAUCUAAUCCAAUCAACUCAUCAGCUGUGCAUUAAACAGUCAUGCAUUGCUGAAAGAGGCCCAGCACAUCUCAUUGUGACUGUACAAACGAUGACUGAGGUUCAUUUGUAAGUGAGGGGAUCUAACUUAUGAUAUCUAGUUGUUAAUACCGUACAGAGAAAUCCAAACAGGAAGUAGUUUUAAAUGAAAAUACUUUUUCUUGACAUAUUUUCUUAGUCCUAGCCACAAUAUCUCUCCUGUAUAUUUUUGAACAAUUAAAAAAAGAAGAAAAAAAAAACUGAAAAAAAAGAGUGAAAGAGCACCACAGCUUUCCAUGACAUGCAGAGGCAACACUAGCUGAUUAGGCCUGCAAUGAGUUUGUGACCAUUAGAUCAAUAAAACCUACACAUUAUUCAGUUGCUAUAUUUCAUUUGCUCUUUGUCCAACCGUGUCCAUAUAAAGCGUAUUAAAUAAACGUGGUUGCCUGAGUGCACGUUCUCUUUCUCAGAAUGGGCUUGGCGUUUCCACUUAAAUAAUGAAGAACAACAGAAUAUUGGACAUUAUCAGAGUGCUCCUAAUUGAAUGAACCCUUCCACUCUUUGGCAAAAUAAACAUCACAUGUACAAUUUA